AUGGCGCCCCGAAGCAAAGCUGCGAACAUUUCGUUUACCGUCGACUCAGCCUCGGAAGACGAAAUGACAGUCGACGAGCUCAAUGGGCUUCCCACACCCGAAUCCAACAGCGCAAACAAAGCGCCGGCGCGAAAAACGCGUGGAACCGCCGCGCAAACGAAGAAAACGACUCCCGCGACAAAGGCAACUGCGAAGGGUAAACCGGCGACGCGUCGAACGAGUGGCACCAGUGCGGCAGCUAUGAAGAAGAGCGCGGCGGCAGGCGCGAAGAAAGUAGCGGCAAAGGGCAGUCGCAAGGCGCUGGUCGAACCCACUGAAGACAAUCAAAGCGAUACAGAGGAGGUGGAAGAUUUCGAAGAGCAGGAGCCGGUUGUGCAGGCCAAACCGGCUAAGAGGGGCAGGCCAGCAAAGAAGGCGCAGGAAGAGGAUGAAGUCGAAGAGGCGGCGCCAGCAAAGAGAGGGCGCAAGGCUGUCGCGAAAGAAGAACCUGCGAAGAAGGAGACAAAGGCGAAACCUACAACAAAAUCAAGAGGGACGAAACGCGCACAUGAGCCCGAGGCCGAGCCUGAGCAGAUGACAAUCCCAGAAACACAACAAGAGCUCGACGCAGACCCAAUGGAUGUGUCCGAGUCGACUGAAGUCGACGAGAUACCCGAAAGCAUGCCCCCAUUACACGCUCGACCCUCCGCACGUCGAGCCCAACCGAACAGUAGAGCGCGACGAACAUCAGCUGGAGUAAGACGGACAGGAAGCGUGUCUGAUUCUGAGCGGGACCCUGUCAUGCGACGGAAAGUCGGCGAUCUCACAAAGAAACUGGACGCUAUGACAGCCAAGUACGAGACGCUCAAGGAGUCUGCUUCGUCAGGGAAGGAGUCAAACUUUGAGCAACUUAAAAAGCGGACAGACCAGAUCGCAAAAGACCAAGAUGCAGCCAUCAAAGCCCUCAAGCAACAAAUAUCAGAUUUCCAAUCCCGCACCUCGGACCUCGCAUCGAUAAAGAAAGAGCUAGCAGCAGCCUCCAAAGAGUCGGCGCGUCUCGCUGCCGAAAACAAGAAGCUUGCGGAUUCACUCACAUCGGCGCAAAACGAGAACAAGGCAUUAUCGAACAAGCUCGCAGCAGCCCGAUCAUCAGUGCAGCCAGAGACCAAGAAUGUGCCUGGCAGCGCAGUGAAAGCCAGGACGGCCGGCGUUGUCCUGCCAGGCAAUGUGGAAGCGGCCAAGGAAGCGACGCUCGCAAAGCAGAAGGUCGACCUCUACAGCGACCUUACAAACCUUGUCGUUCUGGGCGUAAGGAGGUCUGAAGACGAGGAAGAUAUUUACGAUUGUCUACAAACAGGACGUAAUGGCACACUACAUUUCCACCUCACGGUAGCCUUGAGCGGUACAUCCUACGAAGACACGGAGUUCAUCUACCAACCUUUGCUCAACGAACAAAGAGACAAGGAGCUCUUGGAUUUACUACCUGACUACCUCACAGAAGAGAUCUGUUUCCCGAGGGCGCAAGCGGCCAAGUUCUACUGCAAGGUUGUUGAUAGUAUGAGUAAGAAGAUCAUCUUGGAGGAGGAUCAGGAUUAA